GAACCUCCCAUCCAUCAGGCCGGCAUCAAGUCCAGGUGCCCUGAGCAGCGAGACGAACAUUGUCAAUGGCGUCCUCAGGAGCGUUCAUGGUAGCGGCGGUGCUCGGGCUGGUCCUCGCGUCGGCGCCGGCGGCGCGGGCGUGGAGCACGGAGGGUCACAUGCUCACAUGCCAGAUCGCACAGGAUCUGCUGGAGCCUGCGGCGGCGCAGGCGGUGAAGAACCUUCUGCCGGAGGAGGCGGGCGGCGACCUGUCGGCGAUGUGCGUGUGGCCGGACCAGGUGAGGCACUGGUACAAGUACCGGUGGACCAGCCCGCUGCACUUCAUCGACACCCCCGACAAGGCCUGCACCUUCGACUACGCCAGGGACUGCCAUGACCCCAGCGGCGCCAAGGACAUGUGCGUCGCCGGCGCCGUCGCCAACUUCACGUCCCAGCUCAUGCACUACAAGCAGGGCAGCGCCGACCGCAAGUAUAACCUGACGGAAGCCCUGCUAUUCCUGUCACACUUCAUGGGAGAUAUUCACCAGCCCAUGCAUGUGGGGUUCACGAGCGACAUGGGGGGCAACUCGGUGAACCUACGCUGGUUCAAGCACAAAUCCAACCUCCAUCAUGUAUGGGACAGGGAGAUAAUACUCACGGUGCUCGCCGAGCGCUACGGCAAGGACAUGGCCGCGUUCCGCAAGGACCUCCAGCACAACAUCACCAAGGGCUCGUGGUCCGACGAGUCGUCGUGGAAAGAUUGCGCGGACCUCAUGUCCUGCCCAACCAAGUACGCCACGGAGAGCAUAGGCCUGGCGUGCAAGUGGGGUUACGACGGCGUCCACGACGGAGACACACUGUCCGAGGACUACUUCGGGUCGAGGCUCCCGAUCGUGACGCGGCGGAUCGCGCAGGGCGGAGUGAGGCUGGCCAUGUUCCUCAACCGGGCCUUGGGAGACCACAAGGCCCACAGCCGCGACGUCGCUGCGCCGGUGAACUUGGUCGCGGCUCAUGACGAUGAGCUCUAGCUCAGCGUCAAGUGACAGUCGCUGUAUUGCAUCCAUGCUGACCUGAAGACAUGGGACACGAUGAUGCCUACUACUGUAGGAGACUGCUGCUAACUUGCAUGGAAAUGAUACAAAUGACCACUGAAUAAUUGUUUGCGACGCCAACAGCUAGCGUGUACAUGUCAUGUCCAAAGAUGAAAGAUGUAGACAUUUAUUUGGAUGUACCCCAAAUUCUGUUGUCCUUUUGUUUUCAUGUUUGCUGUUAUUUUAGUUGCCUGAAUGAAUCAAC